AUGAUUAAUUCAAACCUUUUAUUCUAUUAUAAUAUUGAAACAGUCGAACAUUCUCACGACUACGCAAGUUCGGCCUAUAAUCCAGUGGAAGCAGAAGUAGUGGCUAAAUUUUGUCGUCGAUUGAGAUGUCAAUAUGAUCUAUGGAAUACGUUAAUUAGUAAUGCCAAAGAACGGGGUUUAUUUGCAACCAUUGAUCCAAAGUCAGAUUCAAAAAUUAUUGUUAGAAGUAUUAUCCCCACAAAAGAAAUCAAACAUUCUAGUGGCGAACAUCAGCAAUAG